GAAGGUAUAAACUUUCGAAAAACGCAAAAACAAUUCGAUUUUUUUAAAGUUUCGCCCUUAAUUCUCUGUGAAGUACGUAAAAUCGAAGAGUCAAGUUGGACGAAAGAUGGCGAAAGAACUUGGAACAAAAUAUCCAAUAACACAUAUAUAAUUCAUUAAAUCAAUAAAUGUGUAUUAAAAUUUAAAUACAGUGGCAUCGUAUAAAAAUCGACACGAACUUUCCUUACGACCCAGUUACGAUUUAAAUAAUUUAACAUGAUUAUAAUACAACUGGAGUACAUCAAAAAAUUGAAUAAAUCCAUCUGUAACAGCGACCAGAUUGUAACAUAAAGAGCGAAGGGGCGAAAUGGUAAGAAGGUCGAGACAGGGUGGCCUUCUUCGGGGGUAGUUAGGGAAGCAGGGUGGUCGAGCACAUGACUGGGAAGCAGAUAGUUGAUAGUCGCGCGGAGGUCGACGCAUGCUCCGAAACGUUUUUCCCCGGGGUGAUACUCAGUCAGGCAAACGAACCGAGCCUGCAGCCGAGGCUGGCAGACGUUCGAUCGUUACGGGGUGAAUCAGUGGUGUACCGCGAGAGCACGACUCGGACAUGCGUAUCGAUCGUUAUCGUUCUCAUUUGCGUAUGCCAACUUUUUUCCGAAAUAAGCUCGUUAUCGUCGGCGACGACGUUGCAGCGUUUCGUCCGCGGGAGGACAUCAAACAUUGAUCGUUGGCAGAAAUUGGAAAGGGGUGACAUAUCUUUUUAUUGAGAGGAUAAAAGGAAAAGCGUGAUAUUAAGCGAACGAUGGUGUAAUGAAGAUGAAUUGAAGGAACUAAUUGAUUAAUUGAAAACAGGUUUCAAUUGUAUAGACUAAACGGUGAUUAAUUAGAGAUAGGAGUUAACACGUUACGACGAUGAUAGCUGACGGGCGUUUAGAUGCAUGCCGACGUUAGAUAGUCUGGCCAUCCUUUAUAAAACGAAUGCGCACCACCUGUAGCUCGAUAUCUAUGCUCGAAAGGUCAAUCCCCUUUUUACCGAGUUCAUUUACGAAUUAAUUAAAAUGGGAAUGUUACUGAAUUGGUUCGAAGUUGCUAAUUAGUUCGGUCUGAGGAAUCGGUCCAAUUAUGACGGAUAAGGAGAAUAACAGCUCGUGCAAAUGGAGCAUGGAGGAGCGGGAAAAAAUGCUGACUACUGGCACUCUCGAGCAGAAGAAGGCGGCGUUCAAAGAUGACGAAGAGCUGAUGAGGGAGACGACCAAGUUCGUGGCUGAAGUUAUAGAAACGGCUUCUACGGAGGCUUCCAAGAGGAAAGAAUGUUCUGAGGGAAGUAGACUGAAAGGUGUGGACAGCAUCGCUGGCUGGAAUAACCGUGCACGUGGGUUCUGCAGCCGAGUAAUAAACGCCCUCUGUCCAUGCUUCACCAACAAUGAAUUGUUCGCCUGGACGCCGUACCGGUAUCGCUUCACGAGACCUUAAUCGCUACCCAGAAUUACUUUGCCGAGCAACUAUCGAUCCGAUCGCUGACAAACAGCGCGAGUACUUAUCGCGCGUGCGGAUUAAUGCAAAUUAAUUAAACGCGGUCAACGAUCGUCUCUUCGUCCUUCGGAUUUAAGCCUCCGCUCAACCCUUCCUCAAUGAGACG